AUGAUGAUCGUAUCGUUUGUGGGAAUCUUACUAAUUUUCCUAUUCCACGUUGCGGUUGAUGGGUCAAAAGUUGUUGAUGAAAGAGAGAUGGGAUGUGAGAGAAGGGACUCGUUUCUCUCUGUCUCUACCUCUUACUUCGUUUGUAAUUUUGCCUUCUUCUUCUUCUUUUAUUUUUUUUUUUCGUUUUUUUUCUUUCUUCUUUCCGAGUGCUCGUUCCGUGUUUUCUCUUUCAUGCGGGUGUUAAAAUUCACGUUCGUUUCUCUAAAGUGUGACAGAAAUCGCCAUUUUUCAACCUUUUUGAAAUUAACGCCGGCGGGGUUUUCUGUUUGGCCGGAAAGAGCAGCGAUCUCCGCGUCGGUUUUUGGGUCGUUCUACACAGCAGCGGAAGCAGGGGAACGGAAAGGUAUUCUGUUAACUCAGUUGCGCUCGUUGCUAGUGAUGUCCGCGGGGGUCACGUGA